AUGCCGAAUCUCUCUGUCUUUCUCCCACUGCUGCUGCUGCUGCUGGUAGCUACUUUCGCAGUCACGUCCGCCUUUGUAGCGGUGCAGCUGCCACAACAGCAUCAACGAACCACUGCUACUAGUACAUGUAGUACUCUUUGGUCGUCGUCUGCUGUCUACCCUCAAGACGAAAAAGCGCAAACCUUACUGGAGAGUUCCGAUUUUGCCAUUGCACCCAAUGAUCUCAUCGACUUGGCCAAGAAAGUUCAGUACGAAACACAAGUCGGAAUUCUGGAUGGUGGAGAAUGCUUGGCGGACGAUAUUACGUUUCGUGCGGCAGUCGUGGAGAUUGAGGGCAAGGAACUCUACCUGCAAGCCGUCAAGACACUCAAUUUUACGUCCUUUUUCGACGUGAAUGCCACCGUGUUUGGAUGGCACGUCGAUCCCGUACUACCGAACCGCGUGUAUUACAAUAGUCAUACCACGGCGGUUCAUUCCCAAAAACCCUUCUUUGGAGUGCAGCCAAAAGGCAAAGAACUAGUGUUGCCGCCACAACUCUAUCACAUGGAUUUCACACCCGACGGAAAAGUACAAGAAUUUGGAUUCUACACGGUCGAUCGCAACUAUGGAAAUACGGGCGGAUUGGGUGGAGCAUAUGCCUACUUUUAUGGACUGGGACGUCCUUUGCCGUAUCCCGAAUGUCAACCCUAUCGAAAAUCCUUUCGACGACGCAUUUUUGAUGGGCUCAUUCGACUCUCGCAAGCGUUGCCAAAGAGAACCAAAAAGGAGGAGUAG